AGGCUGGGCUCUGUCUACUUGUUGGAGAAGAAACGGAAACGCGCUGUUUGUUGCAUAUACGUUAGUUAUUUACCGUGGCGUGUGGUGCGGAGCUUAGCUGGGAAUGUAUUAUGCAUAUGCACUCUUUAGCAAACCAACUCCCCAGGAGCAAGCCAGCGCAACGCGAGGGGCAACUACACACGGUUAGCCUGUUAGCUGCACAUGUUAGCCACCCGCCAAACAAGCCCCCGUCUGGACUCACUCCAGGAGGAGGUGAGGUAUCAGCGGAUGACCCGUUAACACUCGACACAGAGGAUGCCAGUGAAACGGACCUCGCCAAGCAUGACGAGGAUGACUAUGUGGAAAUCAAAGAACAAAUGUACCAAGACAAACUGGCCUCCUUGAAAAGACAGCUGCAGCAGCUACAAGAAGGUACUCUGCAGGAGUAUCAGAAGAGGAUGAAGAAGCUAGACCAGCAGUACAAAGAGAGACUCCGAAAUGCAGAUCUGUUCCUCCAACUUGAGACAGAGCAGGUGGAGAGGAACUACAUCAAGGAGAAGAAGGCAGCGGUGAAGGAGUUUGACGAUAAAAAGGUGGAACUGAAGGAAAACCUAAUUGCGGAGCUGGAGGAGAAGAAGAAGAUGAUUGAGAAUGAAAAAUUAACAAUGGAGCUGACAGGUGAUUCAAUGGAGGUAAAACCCAUCAUGACCAGGAAGCUGAGGAGACGACCUAAUGAUCCCGUCCCAAUACCAGACAAACGGAGAAAACCUGCACCAGCUCAGCUAAAUUAUUUGUUGACAGACGAACAGAUCAUGGAAGAUCUAAGAACACUUAAUAAGCUUAAGUCCCCGAAACGGCCAGGUAUGUCAACACUAAUAUCGCCGUCAUCCCCAGAACAUGUCCCCUCAGCUCCCAUGGAAAGCCCGUCUCAGCGUUACGAGGCUCGCAUCGAGGAGGGGAAACUUUACUACGACAAAAGAUGGUACCACAAGAGUCAGGCCAUCUACUUGGAGUCAAAAGACAACACAAAGAUCAGCUGUGUCAUCAGCUCAGUCGGGACCAACGAGAUUUGGGUGAGGAAGACGAGCGACAGCACAAAGAUGAGGAUCUACCUGGGACAGCUGCAGAGAGGAGCGUUUGUCAUCCGUCGACGGUCGGCUGCAUGAAACAUUUCCCCACCUCUCCCCACACAGCCCCCAUCUGUUCAUUCAUCCAUCCUUCUCCCCAUUGGUCCAUCUCUGUUGAAUUUGACAUGAAGCUUCUUUAUCCCAAACACUACCCAUCUACACACACGCUCAUACAGUCGGUCAUGGCCACGGAUAUGUCAUAAGAUUUUAUCCGUUUUCUCACAUAAACCAAACUCUUGUACAGUAAAAGUAGUCGUAUAGACCAGUGGCUGUUUUCCAGCAUUAUUUGUCACUAUGUGGCACGUGUGUGAAGGUGGCUGUUGCUCAUAAAGAAGGCGGCUUUGACGCUUGUCAACACAAAUCUUUUCUCUUUCACACAGCCUCAUCUAAGUUUAUCACUAAGUUAUUUUUCUUGAACAGCUUCCUGCCUUUCACGCUGUCUCUCUGCUGAUGAGUUACAAAGCAGGACUGGAAGAAACCUUGUUGACGGGAUUUGUAUUAUUUUUACAUAAAAACACGCUGAUGAGGCCUCGACGUGUCGAUGAGAUGAGGAAGUGCUUCAGGUUUGGCUGUGAAGAAGUUAAAGGAGUCAAACCCUUUUCAAAACAUUAUAACUAUUGCACUGUCAUUAAGACUCGGAGCCCUGUUAUGCUUAUUAGAAAAAAAGAGUUAUUUUGAACUUUUUGUGUUAAUAUUUUUCUGUCAUUUCCUUCAUUCUCUCCAUAUGUGAACAAUCUGGAUGCUUUCAACUGUAUUUGCAUGUGGAGCGUCACGUUGACUGUUAAUUUGUACCGUGUUCCAUUUUAUUAAAAUGUUUUCUGCCUUUUA